CCCUGAAGGAGAAAAAACAGAAGAAGAAGAACAGGAGGGUGAAUUUCCGGUAUAAACAAGGACAUGUGUUAGUUAAAUAACUAUCCUUGUGGAUGUUGUUUUCUGUCCGGAGCCUUUAACACCGUCAUGUCCGUCGCUGUUUUUGAUUUCUAAAGCGUCUGAGAACAGUUUGAAACGCACAGAAACGCGAGAAACCAGUGUUAUUACUUAAUGGCGGCUGCUGCUCAUGUCUCCAAAGUCCGCUCGUUGUACAAGAGGAUUCUGGUCCUGCAUCGGUUCCUCCCGAUAGAUUUAAGAGCCCUCGGGGACCAGUAUGUGAAAGACGAGUUCAGAAGACACAAAGGUGCAUCACCGGAGGAGGCGACGAACUUCAUGACUGAGUGGGAGCGAUACAAGGACACCCUGCAGACUCAGGUACUGGAGUCAGCGGGGGAGCGGCGCAGCUCAGUCAAGUUUGGAGCCAACCUGUCAGAGAGGGAACUCAGCGGCUUCCAGGACGAACAGAUCGGCCAGCUGUACGAACUCAUGCUGGAGUCCUCCAAACCCAACAGACAGUUUCACAUCCAGGAGGACGACAAGUGAAGCCUCCGGGCCCCGGAUGGCGGGCCCCAACGGGAAAAGUAACACAAGGUGCUGUGAUUCACACAACUAGAAUUAUCUCCGAGUGCCUCAGAUGAAGAGUGCUACUCAAAGGCGGAGGCUUUUAGGAAUAUUUGAUGAUGUUAAAGUGCAGUGUAAUAUCUCUGUGUUCCUGUGCUUGUCUCUUUUACUGUGAAAAUAAAAAGAGGCUCCUCCUCAGGUGCAUUAAGGUGGCACUAAUGACUUUCUUGUGUCAACUGUUUUUCAUAUGAACGCAACUGUGAAGCUCACGAUUGGUGAAGGAAAGGCGCUGAGAUGCGACUCGCCUGCAGAUGCUCACAUCAGCAGCGCCGCUUUCAGCCUCAGCGCUGAUGUCGCCAUUGUUGGGGUGAAGCCCUGAUGUGGAAAUAUGAGCCGUUAAAUCCACACAGACGCAAAGGCCAUGAGCCGCGUGUUGAGGGGGAGAAACCGAGCAGAGCCGUUAGAAAAGUCAAACCUGUGGUUGCUGAUGCACUGUUUCCCCACACACCGACUUCAGACAUCACGUCGAUUUCUGCAGAAAUAAACAUAAUAAUCAGUCAUGUGCCAUGCAAAUGUAACGACAGCGAUCAAGAGUCCUGCAUCUGUUCCAGAUAAAAAGCUCCUUUGAACCCCUCC